GCUUUCUUCGCAAUUUCGAAGGUACAUACAUGGAUGAAGAUGGAGAGAAACGUGUCCUUGCCAAACAAUCAUGUUCUCCUGAAUCUUCCGACAAAAGAUCUGGUGAUGAAGUUGACUGGGUAAGAGAUUUGCCAGAAUCUUUGCUUUCUCAUGUUCUCCUGAAUCUUCGGACAAAAGAUGUGGUUAAGAGUAGUGUCUUAUCCAGAAAUUGGAGAAAUCUCUGGAGGUAUGUUCCUGGUUUGGAAUUGGAUUGUCGUGAUUUCACAGAACUCAAUGCUCUUGUGAGUUUUAUCGAUAACUUCCUAAGUUUCAACCAGGAGUCCUGUUUAAAAAAGUUUAGACUAAGAUUAUCUUGCUAUCUUGAUGGGGAUGAUGAGGAGGCUGAUAAUGCUCAUAUGGUGCGGUGGAUCAACGCUAUUGUUAAGCGGAACGUUCAGUAUCUCGAUCUUAUGUGGGAUGCAGUGGAGAUACCUCCAAUACUGUACAAGUGUGAGAGCUUGGUCUCUUUAAAGCUUUGCUCCGUAGUCUUGCCAAAUCUUGAGUUUGUUUCUUUACCGCUUGUCAAAGUUAUGGUUCUACAAUGGGUUAUGUUUGCAAAUGAUUUGGCUUUGGAAAAGCUUAUCUCAGGCUGCCUAGUUCUCGAAAGCUUAACGUUAUGCAAAAAUCCAAUGGACAACGUAAAAGUUUUACGUGUGAGCUCUCAGUCUCUAUUGAUCUUCAACUAUUACGGCCCCGGUGACAAUGAUCUUCAUGAUAAAGAUCUAGUAGUUGAAAUUGAUGCUCCCAAGCUCGAGGAUUUCAAGCUCUCUCAUCAAUUAACUGCAAGUUUCAUAAUAAAGAAUUCGAGGUCCCUUGUAGAGGCGGAUAUCUAUAUUGAGUUUAACUUUUGUCGGGGAAAAAAGUUUGAUCCUAAUGAUCUGCCAAAGAGAGAAAUUAUUCGUAAUUUUCUUGCCGGGAUCUCUAGUGUUAAAAAUCUGAUCAUCUCUCCAUUUACUCUUGAGGUCAUUUAUGAGGACUUAAGAUGUGAGCCACUUCCCUUAUUUCGUAACAUAUCUUUUUUGAGUGUUAACUUCUAUGACGACAGAUGGGAAAUAUUGCCAUUCUUUCUUGAGAGCUGCCCAAAUCUAAAAUCUCUUGUCGUGGAAUCUACUCAUUAUCCAAAGGGGAGAACUAGGAUCUUAUCUCGACCUUGGCAUCUCCUAUCAUCUCUCGAGUAUGUUAAGAUAGAAACGUCAUUGGACAGGAUGGAGAUGAAAUUAGUGAGUUACUUACUUGAGAACUCACCAUUCCUCAAGAAAGUCACUCUAUGUUUGGAAGGUUGUUCCAGAAAGAAAUCUGUCAUCCUCGGAGAAGUCCUUACUAUUCCAAGACGCUCUAGCUCAUGCCAAUUUGUUGUCCUCUGAUCCUCGUUGACCGAACAUACAAGGUUGUCUUUCUGUACUUUUAUUAAUAUGUGAACUCUGUGGUUUCCUUGUCUAUUAUGGUGACUUUGUUGUGUCGUAGAUCUGUAAGAAGAUCAUAUGUUUGUCUUAAAUGUUUCAAUUGAACUAAAAAUGUAAUAAUGUUCAUGUAAGACCUAAGGAUUAAAGUUUCCAGAAA